UAUACAUCAUCAUAUUGAGCGGCUUGAAUCCAGCAGACAAACGAUUUCUCUUCAUAUAUAUUUAUCUUGUUGCUUUAUACUCGAGUUUUUUGAUCAAAUUUUGGCGGAAUACCCUUUCUCUCGAGCCGUACCCUUUCUCAUAGAAACAGCGCGGAAUUGUACACUAUUAUUGAGCUGGUAAGGGUGGCCCGAGAGUCAGCUGAACGACAACUCCGUCCAUGGUCGCAGGUUAUCGAAAUAUUUUUAAAAACUUUAGUCGAAUGUUAGAAGAGGUAUUUUCCACCUGGAAUAAAUAAAAUUUAUUUUAGUGCCGUGCUGACAUUGAAAGAAGUGCUGGUGUUUUACUGCGACAAACGUUUGAGUCUCGAAUUUAUAAGAUUAUUCUAAUGGUCGCCCUUAACUGCAACUGUGGUCGACUUACCUUGAAUUUUUUUAUGCUAAUUACCAAUAUGGUUAUACUGUAAUGCGCGUACAUUAUAAAUCAAUCAUGCUAAAGUCCUUUUUUAGUACAGCACGACGAACAUUUCCAGCAAAAAAAUAUUUAUCUAUAAGAAAUUUGUCAACAAUUUUUGCACUCUCAACGGGCUACGUAAAGAGUGCGGUAGCAGUUUUCAGAGUAUCGGGUCCAAAAGCUAUGACAGUUUUGCUUACCAUGGGAGGCUUUAAAACCAGACCGGAACAUGGGCGCGUCUACGUUCGAACAUUACGCCAUCCAAAGAGUCAUCGGGAAAUUGAUAAGGCGGUUUUGCUUUGGUUUAGCGCUCCAAACUCAUUCACAGGUGAGGACGUCGUAGAGCUCCAAUGCCACGGUAGUUUGGCGGUGAUUCGAGCGCUGACAUCAGCACUGGCAUCACUUGAGGGCCUUCGAGCUGCAGAGCCUGGUGAAUUUGCGAGACGGGCGUUCCUCAAUAAAAAAAUGGAUCUCACUGAUGUUGAAAGCCUUGCAGACCUCAUUGAAGCAGAAACCGAUGCCCAGCUUGACCAGGCCAUCAGAGGUCGUGGGCAGUUGGUUUCUGCCUGUGCGCGUUGGAUGCAGCAGCUGAAGGCAGCGCGGGCUAAUUUCGAAGUUUACAUCGACUUUUCAGAAGACCAAGACAUAUCUCCGAGCACGGUUAUGUCGCAAGCCAGUUGCGUACUUAAAAAAACCGCGCAUGAGAUGAGCGAGGCGCUGCGAACGGCUCCUCAGGGGGAGGCUAUCCGUACAGGCUUCAAAGUUGCAAUAACUGGUCGGCCAAAUGUUGGAAAAUCAACUUUAGUCAAUUUGAUUUCACGUCAAGAAGCUUCUAUUGUAAGUCCUUUCGCCGGUACUACCCGUGAUCUAAUUCGCGUAUCAGUUGAUCUCGGAGGACUUCCGAUUAUUCUCUGUGACACGGCCGGAGCCCGGUGGAACUCGCGUGACCCCGUUGAAAUCGAAGGCAUACGAAGAGCGAGAGACUUCUCCAGACAGGCCCACCUGAACAUCCUGGUGACUGACGACCCUAUGUUGGUGCAGGAAGAUCACCGCCUUUUAUUGAAUGAAGGCAGUACAACUCGUGAAUCAGACAAGUGCAACAGCAUUGUAGUUCUAAACAAAGUGGAUCUUUUCACAAAUUUCGACCUACUAAAACGUACUGUUCCGGAUUUAAACUUAGUGGAUUAUGCAGUCUCCUGUCAUAGCGGUCAGGGAGUAGGCAACCUAAUCGAAGGUAUUGUCACCCGGCUUGCAGAUCGCUUUGCUGUACACGACACGCCUGCUCUCGUGGUCAGGGAACGACAGAGGAACUUGAUCCAAGAGGCACUAGAAAAUAUACAGCGAUGCCUGGAGGACGCGUCAGGCGACGCGGCAAUAUCUGCUGAGUAUCUUCGACGUGCAAUGGUUGCUUUAGGACGAAUUUCUGGAACAGUCGGUGCGGAAGAGAUUCUUGAUACAAUAUUUAGUCAGUUCUGCAUUGGCAAAUAAAGGCGGUGUGUCCUGCUUAUUCUAAGUACGAAUAGAAUCGUCCACAUCGACCCUUAUAAUAUAAGGAAAGACAUUUUUUAUCUUAACGGUAUUAAUCGAAUUGUUACAUUUGAAUAAUUUAAGAUAAAAAAAACUGUGCUUCGUGCUUCGAUAAAAGGUCGCAGUUCUUUAUAAAGGUGAAGAUGGAGUUUGUCUGUAUCUGCUGUGCGUCAGCAUCAACGUUUUAGUCGUCAUGCGUCUUCUGAAAGAGGCUGAUCAAAGAUAUAAUUACAACGAUUAGUGAUAUUUCCAAAGUCUCCUAUUUUGAUUUUCGCUGGAUACACAGAACGCUGCAUGGAAUAUAUAGUCAUUUAUAUUGUUCUAUUUAAUUAAAAUGCAUGUUUACUCCAAUGAUGACAAGUAUUUACCACUGGGAAAUCAUCGCACUUCAGUAGGUGAUGCGAGGCAAUUCAUUAUUAGGCCAUUUCUACAAAUCGUUACAAACGACUAACAAAGGGACGAAAUAGGAGAACCUAUUGUACACAAUGUCUGUUGACAUAUUUUGUAUCCUAGUUGGUCGAAAACCAAUUGUAUUUCUUGGCAAUAUUGCCUGGAAAUUUCGAAGAUUAUUAGAUUGAAUAUUGAGAAUGGCCCAAAGAGCUAUUUGAUUGAAACAUUGUUAAAAUGUGUUCUACAGCGGAGGCCCGCAAAGGGAACUAAACUCAUGGUGUCACGUCUGCCUCGCGGCGCGAUUUAUAAAACGUAUACUCGUAGUAUAUGUCUUACGAAUUAGCUUCUGUGCAUGCGCUUGUUGAAAUAUGGAAAGAAAAUUGGGAGAGAUAUUAGGAUAUCGAGCAGAGUUUAGAAUUGCUAUUGUCUCACCGUUGAAAAGACUGAUACAUCUCGAUAGAAAAGAAACAAUGUGGCGCAUUUAAAAACCGAUAUACACGAUGCCGUUCAUUUGACUUGGCAUCUUUUGUCAUUGUCUAUCGUUCACUACCUACAUUCGCGACGGGAAUAACGAUGGCUUCGAGACAGGGACUCUUAAUACACAAUAAGUCUGUUAACAAUCGUACGGGUGCCAAGUAUCACGCUUAAUCUUAUGGUAUCAUAGAUUAUAAUUAGUAUAUAAUAAAACUCAAUUAAACGUCACGACAAAUAAAUGCAUUCGUUUAGUGAGAUCUGUAUGAGCUUUUCAUAAUCUCAUCAAAAAUAGUUCACGAAGACCUUGCGUGCGCGUCCUUUCCCAUUAAGUAAAUUAAUUCUCUGCCUUAUUAAUCUUCGGUUAAAUAUAGCAUUCUGAGGUACAGUUCUUGACUUGAAUCCUAACACUCUUAAACCCUUAGGAUAAGUCGAAUUUCAUCACAGCUUUAAAUACGGGUCUUGUACGAGAUUAUUUGUGAGUAUUUUGGGAUUUAUUAAAUUGAGGCCCGUUACUGAGUA